AUGGAGCCGUUCUCUGUUUGUAACGAGAAGAGAUCGGUACGAGCGUAUGGGAUUUAUCCGAAGACGUCAUUUUUUAAUCAUGAUUGUCUUCCUAAUGCUUGUAGAUUCGAUUACGUUGACUCUGCUUCUUCUGAUGGGAACAAUACUGAUAUCAUCAUUAGGAUGAUUCAUGAUGUUCCUCUAGGUAGGGAAGUCUGUUUGAGUUACUUCCCUGUCAACAUGAAUUACGCUGGUAGACAGAAGAGGUUGCUUGAGGAUUACGGUUUUAGAUGUGAGUGUGAUCGGUGUAAAGUGGAGUCUAGUUGGUCUGAAGGUGAGGAUGAUGAGAACGAGGAGGCUAUGGAUGAGAUGGAUGGUGGUGAAGAUGAUCAGGAAGAAGAGAUGGAGGAAGAAGAAGAAGAGGAAGGUUGUGGUGAUGAUGAAUCUAGUUUCCCUCACGCUUACUUCUUUGCGAGAUAUAUGUGUGAGAAGGAGAAUUGUUUUGGCACUCUUGCUCCGUUACCGCCCAAGGGUCAUGAUGAUGUUUCGAGGUUUCUUGAAUGUAAUGUUUGUGGAAGUGUUAAGGAGGAUGAAGUUGGCGGAAACCCAUGA